GGGAAAACCCGCUGCUUGCGCUCAUUCUAUCACGUAGCUUCGUAUCGGCCGACUCAAUGCAACGACGGCUUCAACGGGGUUAGCCACCAUGGGCUUGAGACAGUCGUCGGCACAGAAACAAUAUGACCAAUUCAGGAAGCUACAGAAAGAACAGAUUUUGAAAGAAAUGGAGUUGUACAGAAACCGUAACCCCGCCUACCAGGACGAUCCCAAUCUUACGGACAAUCUCAAGUUCUACACCAACCAACUUCCUCUCAAGUCUGAAGGGCUCUUCGUUGAUGAACUACACGAACAGUGGUGGGCAGAUUACAGGAAGCUCGAAGAUAACCACGACUACAUCCAGUGGCUAUUUCCAACUCAAUCAAAAAACCCAAACUGCCAACAGCUCCAGCUCCAUGAAUCCCAAGCCAUUAUUGCGGACUCUGUUGCUCACAGGCGAGUGUUCAAGUCUUACAAACUGAUGCUGGACUUCUUCGGGAUUAGGCUUCUCGAUGAGGCCAAGGGCAUCGUGGACCGGGCGGACCACUGGCAAGACCGAUUUGCUAAUCUCCACAGGAGUCUACACAACUCCCUCCGUAUAACCCGCAUCUUGAAGUCUCUAGGUGAACUGGGUUACGAGCACCUAAAGUACCCUCUCCUGGAGUUCCUUCUGAAGGAGGUGCUUAAGCAUGGGACCUUGCGCAAGCUUCAAGACAGCCUCGUCAACUAUUGGAUCCAAACACUCCAGGAUGAUAAUGACCGUGAGUUCUUGCUGUGCAUCGCUCAGGCGGUCAUCGACAAAUACCAUCUCGAAGAUGUAGCGAUGAACGGAGAUAAUCAUGACGAACAAGUCCGGAAGCAGCUCCGCGGUGCCUUAAUUGUUGCUACGCAUCCUUCGUGAUAGACGUCGUCCAUGACAAAUCCAUGUUUUCCAAUGGAAUAACAACUGCCCUCUCCCCCCUGCGAAUAAGCAUGUCGUCUAGAAGAAAUCACCGGCGGAAUGCAGACUCGCGCUGUUAUUUUGCUUUCCAUGUCAUCCUAUUAUGCCGGAGCUUCUUCAAAACAGAACCUUUCGAAACAAAUUCAUCGACACCAUUAAAGAACUCCUAUUCAUAGAAAGCCUGUGAUAAAUGUUAUUAGAUGUGACGUUUAGUGCCCCCUGGCUGCUCUUUCUCCAAGUUUGACAGCCCGAAGCCGUUGGGUGCUGCAGCCUUUCUAUGUAAUGUAUUUGUGUCUGCAAGGUACAUUGGAAUUAUACAUGGACUGUGUUGAACUAAAAUUGUAACUAAACGGUACUGUUUGAAUCCA